AUGGGGAGCGGAGGCGUGAUCCACUGUAGGUGUGCCAAGUGUUUCUGUUAUCCUUCAAAGCGGAGAAUAAGAAGGAGACCUCGAAACCUCACAAUCUUGAAUCUCCCUGAAGAUGCACUCUUUCAUAUCCUGAAAUGGCUUUCUGUUGGAGAUAUCCUCGCUGUCCGAGCUGUACAUUCCCACCUGAAGUACUUGGUGGACAACCAUGCCAGCGUGUGGGCAUGCGCCAGCUUCCAGGAGCUGUGGCCUUCUCCAGGGAACCUGAAGCUCUUUGAAAGGGCUGCUGAGAAAGGGAACUUUGAAGCUGCCGUGAAGCUGGGCAUUGCCUACCUCUACAACGAAGGCUUGUCAGUGUCUGACGAGGCCCGGGCGGAAGUGAACGGCCUGAAGGCAUCUCGCUACUUCAGCCUGGCGGAGCGGCUGAACGUGGGCGCCGCACCCUUCAUCUGGCUCUUCAUCCGCCCGCCUUGGUCGGUGUCCGGGAGCUGCUGCAAGGCCGUGGUUCACGAGAGCCUCAGGGCGGAGUGCCAGCUACAGAAAACCCACAGGGCGUCCAUACUGCACUGCCUGGGAAGGGUGCUGAGCCUCUUCGAGGAUGAAGAGAAGCAGAAGCAGGCCCGGAACCUGUUUGAAGAGUCCGCUAACCAGGGGUGUCUGACCAGCUCUUACCUCCUCUGGGAGAGUGACAGGCGGAUGGAUAUGCUGGACCCCGGACGGUGCCUCCACAGCUUCCGGAAGCUCAGGGACUUUGCUGCCAAAGGCUGCUGGGAAGCGCAGCUGUCUCUAGCCAAAGCCUGUGCACACGGACACCAGCUUGGAUUGGAAGCAAAAGCCUCCAGCGAGAUAGUCUGCCAGUUGUUCCAGGCUUCCCAUGCUGUCAAUAAGCAGAGGGUCUUCUCUGUCCAGAAGGGGCUCAAUGACACGAUGAGGUACAUCCUCAUCGACUGGCUGGUGGAGGUCGCAACCAUGAAGGACUUCUCGAGCCUGUGUCUCCACCUGACCGUGGAGUGCGUGGACCGGUACCUACGGAGGCGGCUGGUGCCCCGGUACCGGCUGCAGCUGCUGGGCAUCGCCUGCAUGGUCAUCUGCACGCGGUUCAUUAGCAAAGAGAUCCUGACGAUCCGGGAGGCCGUGUGGCUCACAGACAACACAUACAAGUACGAGGACCUGGUGAGGAUGAUGGGCGAGAUCAUCUCGGCCCUGGACGGGAAGAUCCGGGUCCCCACCGUGGUCGAUUACAAGGAUGUCCUACUGACGCUGGUCCCCAUGGCACCAAGAACCCAGCACUUGUGCGGCUUCCUCUGCGAGCUCUCCCUGCUGCAUACCAGCCUGGCUGCCUACGCCCCGGCCCACCUGGCUGCGGCUGCCCUGCUGCUGGCAAGGCUGACACACAGGCAGACGCAGCCCUGGACCACCCAGUUGUGGGACCUCACUGGCUUCUCCUGUGAAGACCUCAUCCCCUGUGUCUUAAGUCUUCAUCAGAAGUGCUUCCACGAUGACGCCCCCAAGGACUAUAGGCAGGUGUCUCUCACUGCCGUCAAGCAGCGAUUCGAGGACAAGCGCUAUGAGGAGAUCAGCCUGGAAGAGGUGCUGAGCUACGGCCAGCUGUGUGCCGCCCUGGGCGUGAAGCAGGAGAGCCCAGAACCUGCGCCUUUCCUCAGCGCAGGUGAUAUUCACGCCUUCCUCAGCUCGCCCUCUGGGAGGAGGACCAAGCGGAAGCGGGAGAACAGCCUCCAGGAGGACAGGGGCAGCUUCGUCACCACGCCCACCGCCGAGCUGUCUAGCCAGGAGGAGACGCUGCUGGGCAGCUUCCUGGACUGGAGCCUGGACUACUGCUCGGGCUACGAGGGCGACCAGGAGAGCGAGGGCGAGAAGGAGGGCGACGUGACGGCUCCCAGCGGCGUCCUCGAUGUCACCGUGGUCUACCUGAGCCCGGAGGAGCACUGCUGUCAGGAGUCCAGCGACGAGGAGGCCUGCCCGGAGGAGGCAUGGGGGGCCCAGGACACACAGGUGCUGGCGCCGGGCCGCCAGGCACUGCGGACCCCAGGGCCGGAGCUCCCCCUAUGCGGCAGGCAGGGGCUGGGCAAGGACGUCACGACAUCGGGGUACUCCUCCGUCAGCAGCGCGAGUCCCACAGACUCCAGGCAGGCCUCAGGGGGGCCCCCCCAGUCUACCUCAGAGCUGCCCACGGGCAGCAGCUUGAACACACAGCCCUGCCACCACCACACCCGGAAGUCAUGUUUACAGUGUCGCCCCCCCAGCCCCCCAGAGAGCUGUGUUCCCCAACAGCAGGUGAAGAGGAAAAACCUGUCGGCCCCCAGCGAGGAGGAGGAGGACAUGAACUUGGGCUUCUUGAAGCUGUGA